UUCAAUAAGUCCUUGCCAUUUUCCAUCAGAUUCUUUAGUCCCUCCUCCCAUUGUCUGCAUAUAUCGUGUAGAUUGUCCUUGUUCUCAUGGGGCCAUCCUCUUUCUGUGAGGGUCACCACUCACCAUGCCUUGAGGAAACGCAUUGCCGGAUCCUCUUGGAGGAGGCCCCCUUGAUUUUCACACACAAAAAUCAGCCAAACCAACAUAAUAAUCCCAAAGCAUGACACAUCGCUCCUCAGAAUAAGAAUCUCUGGUGCUUAUUAAUCCGAAUUUGAGGCUAUGUGAUUGUUCCAUGUAAGCAGGUUGCAUUGAUCCAAUGAGAUUAGUUUGAGUAGCACAGCACGGUCAAGGAUGGCACCAAGCAUCCUUCACCGUGCCUCGUCUUUCUCGAAGCCGCCUGUUCAACGUCACAACUUCUCGACAUUUCAGGAGGCUUCAGAUGUUUCCAACAGACAUGAAGGCCUGGCAUUACUGACAACAAUUGUUGAGAGUGAUGGAAAUUGCAAUCAUUCUAGUGAUUCAUUACCAAACCAGUCCCUAUUGUCAACAAGCCUCAUUAGCAAGAUCCUCCAUCUGAUAGAUGCUCUAGAUCUGCCAUGCCAGAGGUCAUACGUUACGUUGGAUACGUUACUUUUGGAUACCCUGAAAGCGCUGAAGAUUGCCUACCCAAAAUGUUUGUCAGGCUUGUCUGCAUACCACAAUACUUCAUCUGUACAACAGGGUCUGGUUCAUCUCCAUGAGGUUCUCAGUUUGGUUCAAGACGGCAAUGCACAACACAAACAACUGGGAAACUCAGGAUCUGAUAAGCACACAACCACAUCGAACCAGAGCUUCGAACAAGUUGGUGAGCAUGUCAUCGAGAUGCUUGAUCAGGUGACUCCAUUUGCGAAAGAAAUGUUGAGUUCUAUGGAGAACUCCAAGAUCUCGGUAGCAGCUUGGCCAGAGGAUCUCCCGGAAAGAAGAAGCCUGCCUCCUGUCAUUUGCCGGCCAGAGUCUCCGCCGCACCGGGAAAUCGCCGGCGAUCCAUCAGACAUUGCUGCGGCCGUUGGAACAUCUUGCAAGGACGACGGCCGCACGGUGAGGACCAUGGAUCAGGGCAUUUGCAGCAAGCAGGGAAGCCAGAGUGAGCCGCCACCGUCGACCCCGACCGGCGAUCACACUGCACUGCAGACGACGCCGUCGCCAGUGUCGCCGCACCCGCUGUCGGCGCCGCCGCCGUCUCCCAUUCCGUUGGAGGGAUUGCCCAUGCUGCUUCUGUCCUGGGAGGCCGUGCAAAACGGCAACCCCGCCGUGGCGAUGGUGGCGCCUCCUGCGGCGCAUCCUGUCGAGACGGCGGCCUCGGCGGCGCAGCAUGGCACGGGCAUAGCCAUGGUCUGUGAUGGCAAGGACGAUCCGACAAGCUCCGCGUCAGCCGGAGAAGCCCAGCUAACCUCGCCGGCGCAGCAGCAGUCCGUGGACGCCAAUGCAGCUGCGGCGAAUGGACCUCCGCCGCCGCCGCCGACGACGACGACGACACAAUCUGCAGAGCCCGUCGAGGCCAUGGCGAACGGGCCGCCGCCUGCUAAGGGGCCAUCGGCACCGCCGCCACCGCCACCUGGUGGAGACGGGAACAUCGCGAAAGCUUUGCGCGCGAAGAAAGCUGCGACGAAGCUGAAGCGAUCGACGCAGAUGGGGAGCAUGUACAGGCAUCUGCGUGACCGAGUGGAAGGCGGCGCUUCUCACCAGCAUGGCGCCAAGAGCUCGCACGACAAGAAGUCCCGGUCGCCGCCGGCGGCCGGCGGCGCAGGUCAGGGUAUGGCCGACGCAUUGGCCGAGAUGACCAGGAGAUCCGCCUACUUCCGACAAAUCGAGGAGGACGUCGUCAACCACGCGACGGCAAUCCUGGAGCUUAAAGACGCCAUUGGCGCGUUCCAAUCCAAGGACAUGGGCGAGCUGGCGAGGUUCCACCACCACGUCGAGCAGCAGCUCGCGAGCCUGACCGACGAGACGCAGGUGCUUGCCAGAUUCGAGGGCUUCCCGUCCAAGAAGCUGGAGACGGUGAGGAUGGCCGCCGUGCUCUACUCCAAGCUGGACGGCGUCGCCGCCAUCCUCAAGGGCUGGAAGCUGCAGGCGGCAGCUCCCGUCUCGCCGCAGCUCGACAGGGUCGAAGCCUACUUCAACAAGAUUAAAGACGAGGUGGACACGAUCGAGCGGAGCAAGGACGAGGGGACGAAGAGGUUCGUGUCCCACAACGUCCACUUCGACUUCGCCAUUCUUGUCCGGAUCAAGGAGUGCAUGGUCGACUUGUCAUCCAGCUGCGUCGAGUUGGCUCUCAAGGAGAGCCAAGAUGCAAAGGACACGGCGGCGGCGAAAGCUCAGGCGAGGAAUCCAUCGACCAGCGUAUCGAGGAUGCUGUGGCGGGUGUUCCAGCUGGCCUUCCGGGUGUACAACUUCGCCGGAGGCCAAGACGAACGGGCAGAUAGGUUGACGACCACGCUGGCGCGCGAGAUCGAAGCGCAUGCACGCAUCCCCCUGUAAAGUAGUAGUACCCACUUUCAUCGGUAGGUUGGACGUUCACUUCCAUUUAAAUAAUUAUUAAAAAAAUUAAUAUGAUAUACUCCGUAUGUAACUUCAUAAACAUGUAAACAUGUAAGUUAAGUUAUAAAAAAAGAUAAAUCAAACUAAAACUAGCA